AUGCCAAACCGAGGCAAAGUUCCCGUCCUUGUGACCUACUUGACCUUGGGAUUCUCCUUGUCGGAUAAGCAUUUUUGCCUCGGUCUUAAUCGAACUGCGGGUGGGGUUACCUUAUCGGCGGAUUAUGAUAAGGCCUUCCCCCCACUCCCACAUCCGGUCGAAGUCUCGCUGAAAGUUUACGUCCAAACGGUCGCCCCAAUUCUCACGUCGGAACUCGAAUUCCGGGUCAACAUGCGCUGGACGUUGACCUGGGUUGAUCCCCGCGUGAGUCUAGUUGACCCCGAUCCUGACCCCGACGAUGUUGACCCCGUUGACCCCGACGCCUGUACGAAUACGUCGUCGUCGACCUCUUAUGUCAUUGCGCCGCCCGGUUUCGCGUCCCAAAUCUGGAUCCCGGACCCGUACUUGGUCAACUCCAAGUUCACCGGGAUCAAAGGGUUCAACGGGAAGUUGGCGAAUCUUGUAAUUUUUGCGAACCACACGCUCGCCUACACCAUGAUUCUCAACGCCACGGUGGCGUGUGAUAUGGAUUUUGAAUUUUAUCCGUUGGACGUCCAGUACUGUCCGAUACUGGUGCAGAGUUGUGAGCAUUAA